AUGAUGAUAAGGACCAAAUUUGUGACAUUUUCAACGGAAGACGGCCGUUUCCAGUUGGACGGUUGUGGCGAUGAUUUUGACUGGAUUCCGGGACUUUCAAACAAACCCGAGCCAUAUGUAGAGAUCCGACACUAUUGUAACAGCGAUUUGGGCGAAACGAUCACAUUGCCACAGUUCAACGUAUUCGUGCCAAAAACCCACGAAUUAGGAGUAAUCAUUUUGGAUCGUCCAGAAAAGCAAGAAAAGAAAAAUUGA